UCUAUUUGCAGUUUUGCCAUUACCCCUACGAACUUACAUGUUUGUCCUGCUUUCCCGUUUAUUCGCAGUUUUGCCAUUACUUCUUAUAUAUUUAUUAACUGCUGGACUGGAUCGAUGCCUACCUCUUCUUUCUUCCUCUCUCUUGCCUCUCUGCAUACUGCGAGUUACGUCCUCGCUCUUCGCCGCUUCUUACUUUCUCGAGCGAUUGAUUUGGGGUUCGUCACCUGGUUUUGGGUUUCUGUGUUUGUGUUUUGGUUUUCUUGAUUCAUUCUCUUCUAAUUAAAGCGAUUGAUUUGGGGUUCGUCAAAGGCAGCAAUAUAAUCAGUUGGAGUUCCAAAGGCAAAAGUUGAAUCAAAUUUCUGCUCAUGCGUUACAAGCAGCAAUCGGACAUUGACAAAAGAUGUGAGUACCGUCUUUAUAACGGUUGGGGCAGACCGGCAGAGAACGCAACUUGUAUCACCUUAAAACCCUUUGGUAAGCAGCUUCGCUUUAGUUGGCUGGAGGUUGUUGGAAGCUCUCCAGAGGCAAAUUUGCAAUUUGCCAGCAAGUUGUUCAAUGCAAAGGUUGAUGACGCCAGAGAUGGAACUGUUGCUAUGGUUGCACAAAAGCAAAUACGCCAGAGAGUAUUUCUUCUAGGAGUUCAAGACUUUCUCUUCAAGAUAGAGAUAGCAUUUCAAACCCUUUACCCUAAUCUCACCUAGUUAUAUUUUUGAAAAGCAAGCAGCGAUCUCCUCAGUCUUGCAGCAUAAUCUGAUAGAAAUAUCUUAUCCGUUGUUACGAUCUUUGUUCUCGUCAUUCAGUUUCUAAUUCUAAUACAAUACUGAUUUACAUUAUGUUUCGGAGUUAGUUCACCAACAGACCAGGACAUAAAAUUGGAAGGUCGUUCAAGCAAUUAUCAACCGCAUGCUGCUAAUUGCAUAUCAGUCUUCUUCUCCUAAAUCCUAAUAGGUUGAGUAGCAAGCCAGUCUUCUUCUCCUAAAUCCUAAUAGGUUGAGUAGCAAGCCGGAAAAACGUGGGACUUUCACGGUAAAAUCUGCUUAUCGGAUUGCACAGCAACAAGUGCUUGGUCAGGUUCUUACCUCUACCUUAAAUGGAGAUUCCUACUUGGAACUAUGGAAGCAUUUGUGGAGAGCUAGAGUACCUGGCAAGGGUUCAUAUGUAUGCCAUAAAGCUAGAGGUACCUGGUAAGGUUCAUAUUCGUGAUUCAGAGCUUGCCAUAAUAUUCUCCCAGUUGAUCACCAAGGGUUUGAAGGACCGGCUGGGUGUAUGUUAUGUCAUGCUCUACUGGAAAACAGGGAACAUGUCUUCUGUAAAUGUCCUAGUGCUCAUGCUAUAAUGACAGGGGAUCAUUCUUGUUAAAACAGGGUAUAUCUAUUGCCAAUUCGAGCCGAGCAAUUUUGUUCUGGAUAUCAAGACGUUGAGUACCUGAAAUUAAGCUGGUAUCUGGACCCAGGGCAUGCAGUGAUAUUGCACACAGUCCAGCAACCAUUUGCUUAUG